CUUCGCCGCACUUAUCGCACAUCUCUCCCAUUUCGUCCGAGUCAUCAACGCGUAUAGUUUGUGUUUUGUUCUUAAAUUCAGACGAGUCCCUAAUACAACUUCAAAAUGGUUAGGGAGAACAAAGCAGCAUGGAAGGCUCAGUACUUCAUCAAAGUUGUGGAACUGUUCGAUGAGUUCCCAAAGUGCUUCAUUGUGGGCGCCGACAAUGUUGGCUCCAAGCAGAUGCAGAACAUCCGUACCAGCCUGCGUGGCCUCGCUGUGGUAUUGAUGGGCAAGAAUACGAUGAUGCGCAAAGCAAUUCGUGGACAUUUGGAGAACAACCCGCAGUUGGAGAAACUGUUGCCGCAUAUCAAGGGCAAUGUUGGAUUUGUGUUCACCAAGGGCGAUUUGGCUGAGGUUCGCGAUAAACUGUUGGAAUCGAAGGUGCGCGCUCCCGCACGUCCAGGCGCCAUUGCACCUUUGCCCGUCGUAAUUCCGGCUCAGAAUACUGGUCUUGGUCCAGAGAAGACUAGUUUCUUCCAGGCUCUCUCCAUCCCGACCAAGAUUUCCAAGGGUACAAUUGAAAUCAUAAACGAUGUGCCCAUCUUGAAGCCCGGUGACAAAGUGGGCGCCUCCGAGGCCACUUUGCUGAACAUGUUGAACAUUUCGCCCUUCUCGUAUGGUCUGCUCGUGAGCCAGGUUUAUGAUUCGGGUUCAAUCUUCUCUCCUGAGAUCUUGGACAUCAAGCCCGAGGAUUUGCGCGCCAAGUUCCAGCAAGGCGUUGCCAAUCUGGCUGCCGUCUGUUUGUCCGUCGGUUAUCCAACGAUCGCUUCGGCACCUCACAGCAUUGCCAACGGCUUCAAGAACCUGUUGGCCAUCGCUGCCACCACAGAGGUUGAGUUCAAGGAGGCCACCACCAUCAAGGAGUACAUCAAGGAUCCCAGCAAGUUUGCUGCUGCUGCUGCCACUUCGGCACCAGCUGCUGGUGGCGCCGCUGCCGAAAAGAAGGAGGAGGCCAAGAAGGCCGAGUCCGAAUCCGAGGAGGAGGAUGAUGACAUGGGCUUUGGCCUUUUCGAUUAAGCGCCACAAUCUUCUCCAGUGUGCGCUCGCCUACAAUUUCAAUGCUUACAUGGAUUUUGGCCCAGCUGCCUAUGCAAAUUAUUGUCGCGGUUUGACAAACUCAAUGGCAAGUUGCAUUUGCAGUGAGCAUUCAAUAACAACAAUAAACAUGUAAACUGGA